AUGGCGAAGUUUUCUAAUAUUGCCAUAGUUCUCCUAAUGCUGCUCAUCGCAGCAUGGAGGACGACGCCGGUGAUGUCCCAUGCCAAACCGACCAAGCCAGCGGAGCCGGAGCUAGACUACGGACCCAGCUCCGGACGCCGAAUGAGAAGGCAGCAAGCACGCUGCACGCCAACACCAGAUCCGGAAUUUACCAAGGCGGCUGGUGAGGCUACACUUUUGCUCAGGGCGAAGCAAGAAAUGUCGAAGCGCAUGGUGAAGCACAUAGAGGGCAUCGUCGCAAACGUGAGAUUCGCGUUCCAUCUGAAACUGAUGCUGCUGAUCAAGUCGGCGGAGUUCAUGAGGGCCAUGGCCGGAGAGGUCGCGGAGCAGAUGACCAUAGUUGGCAAGCAACACGCUAGUGUUGCCGCCGCCGACAUCAUUGCAGCGCUCAGGCUUCAGCAGGAGAUUCUUAAAAAGACCACGGAACGUUGCAAGGCUAUCUCCACCGAUGCCGCAAUGGCACAGAAGGCCAAGAUUGAGAUGCUGAAGGGCGUGGCGCACGACCUCUGCACGGUUGCAGGAGACAUAGCCAUCAACAUGUCAUCGCUAGCUGAGGUUGCAGCAGGAGUGUCUGGUCGGGUAGUAUUUGGUGUCGAUAUCAAUGUUCGUGCUGAUAUUGAGGCUAAAGCUCUGGCUAAAGUUGAAGCUGAAGCCGUUGCCGAUGCUCAAGCUCUGGAUAAAAAGCUGAAGAUGAAACCGUUGCUGUGGCUGGAGGAGAAGCUAAAGCAAGCAGGGGUCGAUGCCGGUGCUGGAGUUGGUAGUGAUGCAAGCGUUUCUGGAGGCGCAAAGAUAGGAGGUGGUGUAGCUGCAGGUGCAAAAAUUGGCGCUGAUAUAGGAGGAAAUAUUGGUGGGGGUGCUGACGCUAGUGCUGGAGCUGGUGCUAAUGCCAAAGCCAAAACUGUUGCUAAGGGUAAAGCAGGUGCACGUGCUAAGGCUGGUAUUUCUGGGGGUGCUAGAAUUGGUGGUGGCAUCCACUUCUCUGCAGGUGCUAGAAUUGGUGGUGGCAUCCACUUCUCUGCAGGUGCUAGAAUUGGUGGCGGCGUUAAAGGAAAAAUUGGUGGAAGCGGCAAAGCCAAAGCUGGCGCCGGUGGCAGUAUCUCGAAGAGUGCUGAAGUAGGUGGAGAAACUGGGGGAAAUGUUGGUGGGAGUGGCAAAGCUGAAGCUGGUGCCAAUGCUGAUAUUGGUGUUCCUGUGGGUGCCGGUGUCUCUAGAGAUGCCAAAGUUGGUGGUGGCAUUGGAGGAAAGGCAGGAGGGAGUGGAAAUGCAUAUACUGGAGCUGAUGCCGGUGCAGGUGUUUCAGGUGGAGGAUCUGGUGGUGCCAAUGCUGAUAUUGGUGCUACCGUGGGUGCUGGUGUCUCUGGAGGUGCCAAAAUUGGUGGUGGCGUCAAAGGAAAUGCAGGAGGGAGUACUGAAACUAGUACCGAUGCAGGUGUUUCCGAUGGAGGAUCUAGUGGUGCCGAUGCUGGUAUUGGUGCUAUCGUGGGUGCUGGUGUCUCCGGAGGUGCCAAAAUUGGUGGUGGCAUCGGAGGAAAUGCAGGAGGGAGUGGCAAAGCCUAUACUGGAACUGAUGCCGAUGCAGGUGUUUCCAGUGGAGGAUCCGGUGGCGCUAAUGCUGAUAUUGGUGCUACCGUAGGUGCUGGUGUCUCUGGAGGCGCCAAAAUUGGAGGUGGCAUAGGAGGAAAUGUGGGAGGAAGUGGUAAUGCCGUUGCAGCUGGAGGAGCUAAGGCUGGAGGGAGCAAAUCAUCAAGGGGUGGGUCGGAUUUUGGCUAUGGUGCAUCGAGCAAGGAAUUAUAG